CCACGGGAAUGUCAAGGACAGGAUGCUAGAAGCCUGGAGGAAGCAGCACAGCAACAAAAAACAUCAAUUAUAGUGCAUGUCUGGCUGUUGGAAGAUUCCUGGACACAUCUUACAUAUUUUUAACAAAUUGCAUUGACUCUCUGUCCCACAACAGAGCAGAAGCACUGGUGAGGGCUGAAGCACGCUUCAUGCAUAGUGGCUGCUUGUGAGGAGGGUCACUCAUACACAGUCAAAGAGACAUUGGGACACACAGGCAACAUGAUGGAGCUGAAGAUCCAGCUGGUACCUACAGGAGAAAUCAUACUGCCUCCGGGGAAAAAUGGAGAGUUUCACUGCCAAAGUUGCAACAAGACUGUGGGCAGUGACGGAAUCCGGGUGACGAUGGAAAGCGCCCUGACUGCCAGGGACCGGGUGGGUGUGCAGGACUUUGUCCUGCUGGAGAACCACACCAGCGAGGUGGCGUUCAUCGAAAACCUCCGCAAACGCUUCAAGGAGAACCUCAUUUAUACAUACAUUGGUUCAGUGCUGGUGUCUGUGAACCCCUACAAAGAUUUGGAGAUCUACACUAAGCAGCACAUGGAGCGAUACAGGGGUGUAAAUUUCUAUGAAGUCUCACCUCACAUUUAUGCUGUGGCUGAUAAUGCAUACCGCUCCAUGCGUACUGAGAGGCGGGACCAAUGUAUCCUGAUCUCAGGUGAGAGUGGUGCUGGCAAGACAGAGGCCUCCAAGAAGGUUCUGCAGUACUACGCCUUCACCUGCCCCGCCAAUGAGCAUGUGCAGAGCAUAAAAGAUCGCCUGCUACAAUCCAACCCAGUGCUGGAGGCCUUUGGAAAUGCGAAAACUUUACGAAAUGACAAUUCCAGCCGCUUUGGGAAAUACAUGGACGUUCAGUUUGAUUUCAAGGGUGCUCCUGUGGGCGGUCACAUCCUGAACUACCUGCUGGAGAAGUCUCGUGUGGUGCACCAGAGCCACGGCGAGAGGAACUUCCACAUCUUCUAUCAGCUGAUUGAGGGGGGAGAGGAAGACCUGCUGAGGAGACUGGGCCUGGAGAGGAAUGCCCAACAGUACCAGUAUCUGGUGAAGGGUAACUGUCCCAAAGUGAGCUCCAUAAACGACCGCAAUGACUGGAAGUUGGUGAGGAAAGCCUUGAGCAUCAUUGGCUUCACUGAUGAUGAAGUGGAGGAGCUUUUGAACAUUAUUGCCAGUGUACUACACUUGGGAAAUGUCCAGUAUGGAGGAGAGGACAGUGGCAGUUCUUACAUUACUACAGAAACACAGAUUAAAUACUUAGCCAGGUUGUUAGGUGUGGAUGGCAGUGUUCUGAAAGAGGCUCUAACACAUAAAAAGAUCAGUGCCAAAGGAGAAGAGCUAAUGAGCCCCUUGAAUCAAGAGCAGGCCGCCUCAGCACGAGAUGCCUUAUCUAAAGCCAUAUAUGGACGUACUUUUUCUUGGCUGGUCAACAAAAUUAACGACUCGCUAGCCUUGAAGGAUGAUUCAUUCAACAGUAAAAAUGCCUCAGUAAUCGGUCUGUUGGACAUCUAUGGUUUUGAGGUCUUUCAGAACAACAGUUUCGAGCAGUUUUGUAUCAACUAUUGUAAUGAGAAGCUGCAGCAGCUCUUCAUUGAGCUGACUCUGAAGUCAGAGCAGGAUGAGUAUGAAGCAGAGGGAAUCACGUGGGAGCCUGUGCAAUAUUUUAACAACAAGAUCAUUUGUGAUCUUGUGGAGGAGAAGUUCAAAGGAAUCAUUUCCAUCUUGGAUGAGGAGUGUUUGCGACCUGGAGAUGCCAGUGACAUCACCUUCCUGGAGAAGCUGGAGAAUUCUGUCGGUGGUCACGCCCACUUCCUAACUCACAAGCUGGCUGAUGGAAAAACCCGCAAAGUGAUGGGUCGCGAAGAGUUCAGGCUGCUUCACUACGCAGGAGAAGUCAACUACAAUGUGAACGGCUUCCUGGACAAGAACAAUGAUCUCCUUUUCAGAAACCUGAAGGAGGUCAUGUGUAUCUCCGAAAAUAAAAUCCUCACUCAGUGUUUUGACCGGGAAGAGCUUACAGACAAGAAGCGCCCUGAAACGACAGCGACGCAGUUCAAGAACAGCCUGGCGAAGUUGAUGGAAAUCCUGAUGUCUAAGGAGCCGUCUUACGUGCGCUGCAUCAAACCUAAUGAUGCCAAGCAAGCAGGACGUUUUGAUGAGGUCCUCAUCAGGCACCAAGUGAAAUAUCUUGGUCUGAUGGAGAACCUUCGAGUGAGGAGAGCUGGCUUUGCAUACCGCCGUCGCUACGAGACAUUUCUGCAGAGGUAUAAAUCCCUGUGUCCAGAAACCUGGCCAAACUGGGAUGGUCGUCUUGUCGAUGGAGUGUCCAUGCUCGUCAAGCACCUCGGCUAUAAACCUGAGGAGUACAAACUCGGCCGGACCAAAAUCUUCAUCCGUUUCCCCAAAACCUUGUUUGCUACCGAAGAUGCUCUUGAAGUCAGAAAACACAGUCUUGCUACCAAACUGCAGUCAUCUUGGAAGGGCUACUGUCAAAAAACGAAAUAUUCUAAAAUGCGACAAUCGGCUAUCCUGAUUCAAGCCUGGUGGAAAGGUAUUCUGGCCCGCAGGCAAGCAAAGCGCAGGAGAGAGGCUGCCGACACCAUCCGCAGGUUCAUUAAAGGCUUCAUCUACCGUCACCAGCCUCGUUGCCCAGAGAACGAGUACUUCCUGGACUAUGUUCGUUACUCGUUCCUAAUGAAGUUGCACAGGAGCCUGCCCAAAACAGUCCUGGAUAAGAGUUGGCCAACACCCCCUCCUGCCCUCACUGAGGCUUCAGAGCAGCUCCGCAAGUUGUGCAUGCAGAACAUGGUGUGGAAGUACUGCAAGAAUAUCAACCCAGAAUGGAAGCACCAGUUGGAGCAGAAAAUGGUUGCAAGUGAAGUCUUUAAGGACAAGAAGGAUAACUACCCACAAAGUGUGCCAAAGCUGUUUGUUGGCACAAGGCUCAAUGGGGAGGACAUCAACCCCAAAGUGAUUCAGGCUCUGGGGAAUGAGAAGAUGAAGUAUGCUGUUCCAGUGACAAAGUAUGACAGGAACGGAUACAAAGCUCGCAACCGACAGCUCUUGCUCACGGCCAACAGUGCAAUCAUUGUGGAAGAGGCCAAGCUGAAACAGCAAAUUGACUACAGCGCACUGAAAGGGAUUUCUGUCAGCUCUCUGAGUGAUGGGAUAUUUGUUCUCCAUGUUGCGUCUGAAGACAAUAAGCAGAAAGGUGAUGUGGUGCUUCAGAAUGAUCAUGUCAUCGAGACGUUAACCAAAGUGGCUAUCUGUGCUGACAAGAUCAACAGCAUUAACAUUAACCAGGGAAGCAUAAAGUUCAGUGUGGCACAAGGCAAAGAAGGGAUCAUAGAUUUUACAUCUGGUUCAGAUCUGGUGGUAGCCAAGGCUAAGAAUGGACACCUUUCUGUGACUGCCCCUCGCCUUAACACAAGAUGAUGGACGAGUCAUGCCCAAGAACUUCCUGUGUUCUCACAAGAUCUUUCUGAUAUGUUCCUUAGUUCAUUAAUCACAUGACUACAGGCAAAGCUUCUCUCUGCCAAUCAGAUGCCAGCCAGCUGCACCAAAGGCCUCUACUUUCAGUUGUGAAAGUCUAGCAAACUUAUUUAUGUUUUUGGGGAAUAAUACUGUUAUAUGAAUAUUAUGAUUUUUAGAUUUUUGAAGCCAAGAAAUAACAAUAUAUAUGUGCAUAUUUCCUGCACUCUGUCUCUAUCUAGAUUAUUUGUAGAAUAUAGAUUUGUCAUUAGAGAAGGUGACCUCAGCCACAUUUACAAGGAAAACCAGGGUCCAUAAUGAGUAGUUAUUAGUUAUGGUUAUAUUUUCGUUCACCCAUGAUUACUUUUCUAGGAAUAAAGUUAUACAAACCUACUCAGAACUUCCAAUACACUUUUACUUGUGUAAUAAUAAAGUUCAUAGGAAAGGUAUUAUUUACUUUUUGUUGCUAUGGAGAAGAUGACUUCAAAAAGAUGUAUGAAUCUGUUCCGUACAAUAUUGCUUACAGGCCUAAUAAGUUAUUAAUAUAGGUUGGUGUGUUCAAGAGGAAAGUAAAAGUUGGUUUGAGUUUUAGAGAGUGUACACCAUGUGCAUUGAGGGAGCGUGUCAUGUACAAGUAGGUUCCUUGAAGAGAUCUUAAAGAGAUCUAGAUGGAAAAAAGUGAUCACUCGGCAUCCAGUUACAGUAGAUAUGCUUGUGAACCAACCCCAUCUAUUUACAUUGUGAUUCAUUCAUCAUUUAUUACCCUGUAUAAUGCUGCAAUUUGAUAAACCAAUACAGAGAGUUAAAUAGGGGCAGCAAGCAGGACUGGAGAUACAUAGAUCAGCAAAAAUCUCUUUGCCAAGCCCCAAAACUGUGCCUCAAAAUGUACUAUUUAAGUAGAUCACAUUUGGGAGUAUCUCUGAUGUUCUGUGAUGAGAAAAGUGUUAGCAAUUCCUGUAGAAAUGGGAAGAAAUCCAGUGAUGGACAAAAGGUUUGAUUUUGAGAAUGGUCUUUCCUCAUACACUAGAGGUGAAUUACUCAGGCUUUGUCCUCCUAAUACACUGGACACAAUAAUCUCCUAUUAGUGCCAAUGUCUUGCAUUAGCACUGCUUUAACCUCGUGGCAAAGCAGAAAGGCUUUCAAAAUCAGUCAACUAUUGGGAGGUGUUGAUAGCCUUAAUUAUAGGGGAAGUUGUAUGUUAUCUACAGUAUGUUUAUGUCACUGAGGCAGGUUUGUGUAUAUGUAGAUAAAAUGUAACAAAGCACUUCUAUAUUACUGUUCACAAACAAAAUAGAGAUGUACUUUUUUGAAGCAAAAGUUACAAUUUGCCACACCCUCUUCUUGCACUAUAGGAUUAUUCAGGCACCUAAAAUCCAUUCAUAGCUCAACUAUUUGAUGUUGCCUUGAUGUCAAGCGAUCAGCCUUUAAGUCAUCAGUGAAAUAUUGAGCAUGUGCCUACCAUAGCUAGUGUCAUAGCUGAGGAAAUAUGCUUUAAACAAAACAACAACAAAAAACCUGUAAGAAUACUAUUUAAAUGCUGUUGUAAGGAUAAGUGCCGCAUGUAAUGUAUUUAGAAAUAAAAUAUUUUUUUGACAUUUAUAAAAAGUAUCCCAAUACUCUCCACACAAACUGUUGGCCCACAAGUUUCUUAAUGCAUUUAGAUGUAAUUCACACUUUGUGAUUUUUGUUUUAUACUAUUUGUGUAAUGUAAGUACCUGGAAGAAAUCUGUCAUUUGGAUGGAAGCAAACUGACAAUGUAUCUGAGCAUAUUAAAGCUGAUUAAAAACAUGGACUUCUCA